AUGUCAGAAGACAGCCUGCAUUCCAGAACCAGGUCCAACUCGCCGGCGCGAAGACGACACAGAGUCGACUCGGCCAGUAGGUCGCGCUCACGAUCCCGCUCAAGGUCAACCUCCGGCUCUCGAUCCCGCUCGCGCUCCCAUGCUCGUUCGCAAUCACCGACACAAUCGCGGUCAAGAAGUGGCUCUCGAUCCUCGAGUUCUUUCCACGAUGCCCGCAGUAAACAGCCCUCUCCAUCGCCAUUGGCGCGUGCUGCGAGACCAGAUUUCAGACCGCGUCUUGUAUUGUCCGGACAUCAGAAGCCCAUCUCACAAGUCCGCAUCUCUCCCAACGGGCGCUGGAUCGCCUCCGCCUCCGCCGACGGCACGAUUCGCAUCUGGGAUGCAGUCACCGGUCAGCAUAUGGAUACUCUAAUUGGACACAUGGCUGGAGUCUCUGCCGUGGCGUGGGCUCCAGAUAGCGAGACCCUGGCAACAGGGUCCGACGACAAGGCAAUUCGGUUGUGGGAUAGGGUCACGGGGCGGCCGAAGCGCGCGAAGCCUCUGCUUGGGCAUCACAAUUAUGUCUACUGCCUGGCCUUCUCGCCAAAGGGCAACAUCAUAGCUAGUGGAAGCUACGACGAGGCUGUUUUCCUGUGGGACGUGCGGGCUGGGCGCUUGAUGCGAAGUUUGCCGGCGCAUAGCGAUCCAGUCAGCGGGAUUGAUUUCUGCUGCGACGGCACUUUGGUCGUGAGCUGCAGCACAGACGGCCUGACUCGUAUAUGGGACACGGCAACCGGGCAGUGCUUGCGGACACUCGUCCACGAGGACAACCCACCAGUCACAUCUGUAUGCUUCUCACCAAACGGCCGCUUCGUGCUAGCCCACAGCAUGGACAGCUGCAUCCGCUUGUGGAACUAUGUCUCUGGCACCGUCAAGAAGACUUAUCAGGGCCAUGUCAACAAGGGGUUCAGCAUAGGCGGGUGCUUCGGUACCAUUGACGGCGAGGCGUUCAUCGCUUCCAGCAGCGAGGACGGAAGCAUCGUGUUGUGGGACGUCAAGAGCAAGCAGGUCAUACAGCGCAUCGACCGCGGCCACGAUGGCGUCUGCUUCUGGGUCGACGUCAACGGGGACACGCUCGUCAGCGCGGGCCAGGACUGCAAGAUUCGCGUGUACCAACACCGGCGGCCUGAGACUCUGCUGAACGGCGCCGAGGAGGGCGAAGAGGAGGAGGGCCAACUGCAUGGAGAAAAGCACGUCAAUGGCGUGAAACAAAACGGGACUGGCGAAAACACUAUCGGGGAUGAAACGCCGAUACCCGGCGAGAAUGGGGAUACCGAGAUGCAGGACGUCGUGCUCGACGAGGCGGGUGUCAAAUUGGAGCAAAGCUGA